AUGAAUUAUUUUUACUUACAAGGUAAGGCAUGUUCCGGAGUAAGUGACGUCUUUCUUGUGAAACGAUUGGCAGAUGAAAAUCUUUUCGCUCUACGGAUAUUGCCCACUGAAAAGCUGGAUUAUGAGAAGAUAAAGGUUUUCAUGUAUUGUGGAAGUGUAAUGAGUUUGUCAGAGAUUUCAUUCGUUGAAAUUCUGUUACCAUUUAACAAUAACAAAAUAAUACUGAAGUCUAUACGAUGCAGUCAUAUUUUACUGCAUUCAACGGGCGUUGUAAAAUUGACUGGCUUUCGUCAUUGUGUAUUUUUGCGGCAUAAUGAGCUAACCGGUGCCGAUAAUGUUCUGCAUAACUUCGAUGCUGAAAUUUCUGAUGAGCUGCUAUGGUUGGCGCCUGAAAUAUUGAAACAAGUACGUCAGGAUCUGCAUGGCUAUGGUUUAUUGUCUGAUGUAUACAGUAUUGGAAUAACGAUAUGCGAAAUGGCCAAUGGUUUUCCACCCUUUUCAGAUAUGGAUCGAUUACAGAUGCUUUUCGAAAAAAGUAAAGGGACAACACCACGAUUACUGGAUUGUACAACUCUUCCUGAUAAAGAAGACAUGGAACGUGAUCAACAAUCUCGACAGCGACGGCGAUUUAGUGAAUCAUUACAUGUUAUAACAGAUAACUGUCUUAAACCGUUGCCAGAAAAUAGGUUUUUAGGAUCACGUAACAAAGCACAAUGUAUAACAGCUAUAUCGAAGACUACUGGUUUUGCAUGGCAGUUUAUGGUUAGGAUCGCUUGUAUCAAUGAUACAUCAACAGGUCGACUAGAAGAAAUCACCAAUAGAUCAGUAUGCGAAAAUCAUUCAUCAACCUUAGUCUAUAUAUUCUGCAUUCAUCCUACUGAAAGACUAGGUUCAAUUAAACCGACUGCACCAAAAGAGCAGACACAUAUAGCUUUGGAUUCUUAUAUCACAAACCAAACAAACGAUUUAAGCAAAGAAAAUAUUAAAAAAGCAAAACAUAUUGCAAGAGUAUAUCAAGAAGAGAAUAACGAUACACAUUUUACCGGUAAAUGA